CGUCAUGCCUCUCUUGAACUUCCUCCUCUCAUUGUAGCCUCUGGUUUGACUUUGGUUUUAACGCUGAUAUCGUCGCCAUCCUCGCCUUUGUCGUCGCCCAUUUGAUGUCAAUCUGUUGUCCCGUUACGCCAAUCACUCACUGCUCGGACUUUCGCGAGUUUCUGUAUCACCCGUGCACGAAAGCACAGAAACAUCCGUCACGGGUCCCUGAAGAAGAGAUUUCAAAAUGAACAACACAGAUUCUUGGGCAAGUGUCGCCAACAUUACCACCCCCUACACCACCACACCCGAAGAACGACUUGGCCCUCCCGCUCCUUACACCGAUAUUGGCCUCCAGGUCAACCUUUUCUUCAGAGUCUUUCUGGGAAUCCUCGGAAUCCUCAUUCCUCUCGUGCCUGCGAGGCUAUUAUGGAUCAAUGGCGAAUUUUCUGCCACGGUACAUUGCAUGUCGACAGUCACGCUCAACUUCUUUUACGUCGUCAACUCGCUCAUAUGGCGAGACAACAACGUCAAGAAGUGGUAUGCUGGCUAUGGGUGGUGUGAUUUCCAUACUUACGUCUUCUUUGCGGUCGAAACCAUCUUUCACACCACUCUCUUCGACAUCAUGCUCGGUCUUGCCAACAAGAUUGGUAACCCGCGAGUCACCAGCCUCAGUCCUAAGGAAAAGAAACGCAAGGACCGAAUUUCGGCCCUCAUCAUCUUCGGAAAUCCGUUGUUACAGGUCUUGCUCACUUACUUCAUCAUCACGCAACGGUACGACAUCUUAACCCUUGCCGGUUGCAAUGCCGUCUUUGAUCCCAAUGGCGUCUUCUUUGUUUUCUUCAUUCUCCCCUCGCCAGUCUUCACGGUUGGGGCAGCAGGCUUGGCAGGAGUUUGUUUUUACAAGUACCGACAGCUGGAGAAACUCACUCGCGAAGUCCUACCAAGUGAUGAUAGUAUACGAACCGCGAGACAAAAACGCCUGCGGCGAAAGCUCUACUUUCUCACUCUCUCCAUUCUGGUAUUAGUUGUGCCGAUUGUUUGCGUCUUCUUCGUCUUCAACCUCAUUCAGGGUUGGCCGUGGACGCUGCCGUUCGACCUCCAUCGCAUUCACGCCAACAUCGACUUUGUCUCGUUUACAACGACGGAAAGAAUGCAAGUCUCCACAGUCCUUACCAAUUAUGUUCCAGUGGUGAGCUCGGUGGCCAUUUGCAUCACCUUCGGUACAACAGUUGAGGCAUAUAACCAGUAUCGCUUGGUUCUCGUUUUUCUUGGCUUAGGAAAGAUUUGGCCCAAGCUGUAUCAAGAAUAUGACCCCGAUGAGUCUGAACCACCAUCUGAGCUUAGUACGCAAACAAGUUCGCAAUCGUGGUGGUCAUCCAUGACGAAAAACGGCAAAAGGGGUACAGUCACAAGCCAUAGUGGAAACGACUUCUCUAUCCUUCCUAUCACUGAGGACAUACCCCUCACAAACCGACUAAAACCUGCACAAACUACGGGUGAAGGCUCCCAUACCGUCCCACGUGCUCCAUACGAUGAAUUCAGAAAAGAAUACUCGGACUUGUACCCUAGCCAGUCCUCACCCACAGCAAAUGUCAGCCAUAAUCCCUGGCCCGACUUGUCAGAUGAUCCCUCCCCUCCAGCGCGCAACCCAUGGUAUCUUCGACCGAAUGCUUUCCACGUCCCCAUCACAUUGCCAAUGCCACUGUCAUCCAUUUACAUACCAUCCCUGCACGCGGGUCAAGCAAAGAAGACGGAGGGAAAGCAGAAACGGACGACUGUCAACAAGCUUUCUCAAGGCUACACCACACUCAGCAGCUCCUCCACAACAAUCCUACCGCCUUCGAAUUCACCUACCUGCCCUCUUCCGCCGAUUCCAACCCCCACAUUCUCCUCAAGACAUUCACCACAGGAGGAGCGAUAUCGGGCGACGAGAAAGGCACAAAAACAGAAAGAGCCAGAUACGCUAAAUAGCACAUGCAAUGGGACACUCAAGAACCCAUUGAUGCCAGCGGCACCAUGGAGUCCCUUUGCUUCCAGCCACACCAACAUUACCCUAGGAGUUGACACACGCGUGUGGUCCCAGAAGGACAAAGACGACUCUGCGGGCCACGCCCAAGACUCGCCAAUUUCCCAUUCUUCUCGUUCAACCACAGGACCUCCUCACCUUUCACCGCCGCCAUCAUACAGUGUCGCUGUCCGCCAAGAAUCCUCCUUUGCUUCCGCUUCCGAUCGAUCGACGGGACUCGGAAUCAGUUCGCCUGAAAAUCAACAGAUUGGGACGGCGUUAGGACAUCCACCGAGAGGCGGGGUGGUCAGGGUUGAGACCCAUAUAGCGAGUGAGAUUGAGGUUAUUGGUGGUCCUGGACGUGAUGAUGAUCAACGAAGUGGAAGGGAGUGGUAGGUGAGGGCGUUGGAGGCGCGUUUUUGGAAAACAGAGCGUGGGUUUUGUGGGUUAUGCGUUUGUGUGAAAGCAGGUCAUUUCGAGGCCUUCGAAAAGUUAAUGGUCGAAAAGGAUUGAGCUUACGGUUGAAGAGUGAG